AUCUUCACGCCCGAACAGUCCCCAACCCAUCAACCUCUCCCUCUCCUCCACAACUUCCUCCUCCACACACACCCACACGCACACAUACAAAAUGGGCCCCGAAUUACGGAAACGCAAGGCUGCGCCAGCCUCCUCCCCCCAGGCGAAGAAGUCGAAGAAGGAUACUGCCGCCGCUGCGAAGAAGGGGAAGGUCGAGAAGGUCGUCGCUGCUGCCCCCGCAAAGAAGGAGAAGGCCGUCGCUGCCCCUGCAAAGAAGGCCGCCCCCGCAAAGAAAGAGAAGGCCGUCGCUACUCCCGCAAAGGAAGUCGCUGCUGCUCCCGCAAAGAAGCAUGAUGCCGCUGCCGCACCUACAACUAAGGCCCCGGCGGUGAAGAAGGCGAGCGCAAAGAAGCCUGCGAAAAAAGAGGUGAAGAAAGCCAAGGCUGCAUCACCGAUACCAGAGCCAGAACCUGUUGUGGAGGAGAAAGACGCCGAGGAGGAGGAGCAGGAUGACAAUGAGAUUUCGUUGAACGAUGACGGCCCCAACACCGAGUCCGAGGCUGAGUCCGAGGCGGGUGAUCAGACCACAAGGCUGCUACAGGGCUUUGAGAGCAGUGACGAUGAGGAUGAGGAUGCCGCCAAUGGGGAGAGCAUUGAUGCGAAGAAGUUGGCGAAGGCGGGGAUGCCGGAUGAGAAAAAGGUCAAGAAGAAGUUGGAGAGUUUGAAGGGGAGGGAAAGGUCAACGCCCGGCAUAAUCUAUCUCGGUCGUGUCCCCCACGGUUUCUAUGAGCAUGAGAUGCGCUCCUACUUCUCUCAAUUUGGCACAGUAACACGUCUGCGCCUUUCCCGCAACAAGAAGACGGGACACUCAAAACAUUACGCAUUCAUCGAGUUUUCCGAUGACGAGGUAGCACAGAUCGUGGCCGACACCAUGAACAACUACCUGUUAUUCGGCCACAUCCUCAAGUGCAAAACCGUGCCGCGCGACAACAUCGAGUACGUCGAGCAGCUGUUCAAGGGUGCAAACAAGCGCUUCAAGGCGAGGCCCACAGCAAAGAUUGCGAAGGCGCUUAUGGAGAAGAAGAAGCCUGAGGAGGCAUGGGUAAAGAAAGUUGAUGCUGAGAACCGGAAACGGAAGAGGAUCAAUUCGAGACUCCAGGCGAAGGGCAUUGAGUACGAGUUUGAGGCGCCGGCUGCAAAGAAGGCGGAUAGAGUCGAGGCCGAAGUCGUCGUAUAGGGUGGCGAGCUGUGAAACUUCAGUUGAAGGGAGAUAUCCGGGUACAUAUAAUUCAAAUGCGCCGCCUGGUUUUGCAAUAAAGAUGCAGCUUCGUGAC